AUGAAGUACUCGAACACCCUUUUCCUUCUGGCCAUGCUAAUGGCUUUAGCCAUUUCUCUUUCAGCAUCAUCUCUUGGAAGUGAAGAACCAACUUCACUCCAUGGGACAAGCCGCUUCCUUUCCCAGAAACAUGACCGGUUGGUGCUGACAUGUGACAAAUACCCAAAGAUAUGUCAUAUUAAGGGUAGCGCAGGAUCUGAUUGCUGCAAUAACAAAUGUGUCAACUUGUCCACAGAUGGCUUCAACUGUGGGAGGUGUGGAAAGAAAUGCAGCUAUGGAAAGAUAUGCUGCGAAGGUAAGUGCGUGAAUCCUCGGACUAACGAGAAACAUUGUGGGAAAUGUGGCAACAAGUGCAACACCGGAAGUUCAUGCAUCUAUGGGAUGUGCAGCUAUGCGUAG